AUGGACAUAGGCAGCUGUGGUUGUCAUGCUGUUGCAUGGAAUGGAGAAUCUGAUAUACCUCACCUAACCACUUCUAAGACUUAUACUCUCACUGAAAGUGACCUUUCUAGGCUUGCUGAUCUUCGCAAAUUGAUUCGUAAUGAUGCUGAGAAGGAAGGAACUGAGUCACACGAGCCUGCUCAGGAAGCAGAAGCUGCUAAAGAAAGCCCAGUCAGAAGAGUUACCCAAGUUGAACCUGUGGUUGUAGAGGAAAGCGGAAGCAACUCAGUACCUAAAAAGAAACGCCAUUCUUCCGAAGAUAUUGCUAAUGCCAUGGAUAUUCCAAAACUCGGAAGCAAGUUCUUCAAUUGGUAUGCUCAGGUCCUUGGUGUAUAUAAAGGAAAGGGAGAGCCGUUUACUGUUUUUGUCAGGGCAUGGGAUGGCACAAGGCCAAGGUUCCCAGCAUAUCGCAAUAUGUUUCAUGCGGAUAAGGACUCUAUUGAUACAGUCUAUUGUGAUAUAUCUCCUCAGCUCUAUUUCGUGAUUGACUCAUGCACAGUCGACAUCUGCCUUUACGGUGACUGGGCCAGAAAGGCAUCAAGUUUUCAAGUCAGAGAUAUAAUUUAUCUAUGCAACAUACGAAACUACACUUCUCAAACGAACGGAAUAUCAGCAAUAACCAUGCAUGAAGGAGGAUUGCAGUUUGGACGCGCAUUGGAAGUCUUGGAUGAGUCGAAUCCUAAACAUUUUGAGAUAUCAAAGCAAUGCGCUGAUACGUUAUCGCGGUAUCUCGGUGCAUCCACUUUCUCACAAAAUUCGAGUUCGGUUGUAAAUAUGACGCCUAUACUACCUGAAAAUGUAAUGGCUCAGUCCACCCCUAUGUUUUCCAAAAAUAGUGAAGCUGUGGAUGAAAAUAGUAGUGCUGGGACUUCGAAACAGCCACAUGGAUCUUGUAUUGACAAAGACUAUUCAUCAGAUUCCUCUACUGAUUAUGCGAUUUGCGAAGUAUGUUCGGUGAUAGCAUUUAUCCAACUUUUUAUUAAAGAUGAAUACUAG